CCACUCCCUACGACUCCCAACGCCGAAUGAGAUCAUCUGAGACCAACGCCAACGACCGUCACCAGCUGGCACAACCACAACUCCGUUACUGUCUGUUCCCUACCACAGGUGAAGUCACGUCCUGGAGUCUGAUCAUCACGACAGACUCGUAGGUCGCCCAGACUUAACUUGGUGUUGAAUUCAGGUUCCCAUCCCCAACAGCCAUCCGCACAUGUCGCGAAUUGGGCCGCUUUCCUGGUAACAAGCACUGUCAUUAAACACCUUCCAGCACCCUGCGACAUUAUAUGCAGAGCCUAUCCCGAUCCACAGUCCCAAUGGCACCAAGGUGAAAAAUACAAGACACAACACAUUCGUCAUGGCGUCCGAAAGCCGUCUCAAUCAGAUCGUCAAAGGAGCACCCCCCGCCAAUGCCAAACCACCAGCAACUGCGCCCCUUCAAGCUCUAGGUCGAACGUCACAGACCGAGAAAUAUACGCCUGAUCCUGCUCUAUCAAACCUCCCCUCAUCCCCACCUCAAAUCUACCUCAACCUCCUCAUCCUAGAGUCCUCCCUACGUGCGCAAUAUCUCCACCUUGUCUCUCGGCGCAGGCUCAACACUUUCUUCACUUUACUUCUCGGUCUCUGGAACGGCUUCUUCUUCUACGCUCUUUUCCUCCGUCCCCGCGAGGAUGGCACCGGUCUUGGAGGUUCUGUCUAUUGGUUGGUCGAAAUGUCUGAAAAGCUUGCCCUGAUGGGCGGUGGAAUUACAGUCCUGUUGGUCUGGGGAACUGGGCAAUGGGAGCGAGGAAUUCGAUGGCCCAGGAGGUGGCUGGGCACUACGAAUCGAGGCCUCAGAGGUUUCAAUCUAAGAGUCGUCGUGGUGCGCGGCAAAAUCUGGCGAGAACUUCUGGGUUCUCUCUCAUUCCUUCUACCGUUGGGCAUGUGGCGUGAAGCCGGUGGCUCAGACUGGCACCUCGUCGAGCACGAGGAUGGCUCUAUUAUUGAAGAAGACCUGGCCAAAGGAGGUGACCACAUUCUGCUUCUCCUCCUACCCAAGGCAUUCAGCCCUGAAUUUCGCGAGAAUUGGGAAGAGUACCGCUCAGAGUAUUGGGACAAGGAAAAUGAGCGUCGGGCUUUUCUCCGCAGGAAGUUAGACCUUCAACGUCGAGCCAAAGCAAAGCACGCUGGCGGUUGGAAGUGGUGGACUGGGUCGUGGCGACUAUUUGCACACCAUCCUCCGCGCAGACAUUAUGAUCUUGAGAAACACCCUCGCAGCCACCACGUAACCCGACAUGGCUCCGUUCCGGACAAGGACGGGAGUUCUCGACCUUCCUCCACUGUCAUCAAGAGUCGUAGAAAUGGACUUCGCUCGGACUCAACACACAGCAGGAACUCUUCCCGCUCGACUACGCCGCAUCUCGAGCUGGACGGUGCAGGAGAAAAACCCCAUUCGGAGCGUGUCCGCCGUGGGAGCAGUGUCAGUAGUACAGCAAGUGUGCGCCGGAAAACUAAGGAGAGAGAAAAGCGGGACAGUCUCGUCGCUGGUUUGGGCCUUAGUCCACUCACUGCUGCGUCUAAUGUCAUGAGCGCGGAAGAUGAAAAGGAGGAGCGAAGAAAGAGACGAAAGGACCGAGAAGCUGCCAAAGAGGCUAGGGAGCGAGAGAAGAGGGAGAGGGAGGAGAGAAGUGGUGAGGACGAUAGUAGACCGACGACACCCAAGAGUGAGUUUAGUAGCAUCAAAAGUGAGCCAAUCUGAUUGGAAGAGAUUUGAUUCAUCAAGCAACCCGGGUCUUCCAAUGGUC